AUGGCACGGGCUGCAGAUCGGGAGGAUGAUGCGGAUUUUUUCAGCGCUGCCAGCGAAGACGGCGCCAGGCUACCCGAGCACGAGUUGGAUGAAUGGUUGGAUGCAGCUUCUGAAGCUAGCCCGGGCCUUUGCAGGAUGGCUAGCAUACCCAGCAACGUUUCGCUGGAUUCAGAGGUUUCGGAAGAUGAAGCGAGAGAUGGUCUUGGCGAGUUGAAAGCGUUCGAAAAGCCCAGUGCUAUUGACCAAUCCAUCUCCAUCAUGUUCUUCGUGGAUCUCUCCCGCAGCAUGAGCAGAACAGACUUCACAGGCCGCCCGGAACUUCGGCGAAUCGAUGCCGUGGUGACGGUCCUCAAGCGUUUCAUUGCACAGCAGCAGUCCAUGGGAGCUGCGAUGGAUUUGUACAGCUUGGUUACCUUUGCGACGUCAAAGCAUGAGGUGAGAUUCCAUCGACUCAGAGCUUCAGAGGCAAUUGCAAAGUUGGGCUCGAUUGACUUCACCCCUGACGGAGCCAUGGUCUACGACAAGAUUGUGAGAUGCAUACGUGAGUUAGCAGUGCCGGGGCAAGUCUGCCGCGUGAUAUUCCUAUCCGAUGGCUGCCCUACAGGCCUACAGAGGCAUGUGCUACCGAGCUUUCAGGCUGUGGCAGCCGAAAAUCCCCAUGUCAUUCUCCACUGCAUCGGUUUCGGCAACUGCGACUUUUCGAUCCUCCAGCAGUUGGCGCAGAUUGGCCGAGGGAGUUUCAACUGUGCAGAUAUGGAUAUUGACAGUCUCGUGAACACUUUCACAACUGUCAGCAAGACUAUCACCGAAACGCGGAGCACUGUGCACCGCCGGGAGCGCCACACAAGGCAGGUGGCCUUCGACAGCGCAAAGCGCUUUUCAGGAAACAAUGACAAUAUCAAGGAGAAGAAGGCCAAGGCUGGGAUGCGCACCACUCUCGUCCUACGUGGUGGACAACUCAUGAAAAGUAGAAGCAAGAAGUGCAUCGUGUAUUUGCACGACAAUCCGUUCAUGCAGGGUGGCAUGCGAUUGGUGCAUCGGUUCCGAGAUCAGGAUCUCCCAACAAAGAUGGUCGCGAAGUUCUCGAGGUAUGUUGGAGAUGAUAACUCCUGGGACUUCAUCAAAGGCUUUGCACAGAGCACGAUCCAAACUCGAAAGUUCAGCCAGAAGUUUCACGAGGCCGUGUUGUGGCGGUGCUGGGCUGAUUCCGGUGAUGACUGGGAGCCUCCUCGAAUGGUGAAAUGCACACAGUCUUUUGUCUACGAGGUGCAGGGCAUGCUUUUCACCGGAGAGGCGUUCUUGGAAGGAUCCCAGCGGGGCUUCUUGAAAUGGAUCAACAAUCGCGGUGAGAUCUUGAUCCCAGAAGGUAGUUCCAACUACAGCAUGGUCCCUGAAGCCUUUGCCCACUUCUCUUUGGAUGACAGCGGAGGCCAAAUGAUGGUAGCCGACCUGCAAGGAGUCUUGCUCGGAUCAAAGCGCGUUCACUUGACAGAUCCUCAAAUUCUCUCGCUGGAUCAAUCCUUCGGUGCAGCAGAUUUAGGAUCUGCAGCGAUGCAGCGUUUCAGAUCCAUGCACGUCUGCAACAAGUUGUGCAGGAAAUUGGGCUUGUCUUCCUUGAGCAGCAUCCCACAGCGUCCACGCACACGCAGUGCUCUCAACAACGUCCGCGCGGCGCCGACGCUGCCGGCCACGCCUCCACCCAGUGUUCCAGCAGCACCACAGCCCGAGCGCGGCCGGACGCAGAGCAGAAGCACAGUGGUGACCAGUUCAGCCGGGCGAAGCGAGGAGGAGUUUCUGAAGCUCGCCAAGGAGAUUAGUGAACAGUUUUGA